AUGGCAGCUCCUGUAGAAGUUUUUGUGCCCACUUUAAAAUCAUUGCCGAAUUUUCGCAUUUUGUCUGCAAAAUAUCAAACCUGUUGCAAUUCUUACAAAGGAAUAAUAUAUCGAUCAUCAAGACCUGACUUUAUUGAUGAAAAUGAUGUUAUGUCAUUAAAAAAACUUGGCAUAAAUAGCAUAAUUGAUUUGAGAUCGAGAACAGAGUACACGUCAGCUGAUGGAGACAAACUCCUUGACCUCAGUUUUCAGUUAUACAAAGUUAAAAUUAUUCAUGGGCGAAAUUAUAGACCACUGGAGGGUGUUAAAACCGAGAAACUGGACUCGAUAACCACUAGUAAUUACUGUCAAAACAAAAAUGCUCUGUGUAAUUGCAAAUGUGAUUCAACUGAUUGCAAAGAAGACAUGGGGUGCAAUAUCAAUGGCCAACCACAGAUGUCACCAGAUAUAAAAAAACCAGAACUAUGUAGCAUGGGAUCUGAUGUUGACAAUGUCACAGCUCAACACAGUCAACAUUCCAUUGCAUCCUCAGUAUUUAAAGAACAUUAUCUUAUAAACAUGUUUCCAUGGGCGUAUUUGUGGACACUUCUUGCACGAGUGCCGUGGUAUAUACAGCUCAUGUCACUGAUGUAUCUUCUUGUGGAUGUGAUCUUCAAUACUGGUUACAUGUAUAUUUUAAGGUUUUGUGCUCAUUACUUCCUGAAUGAUAAUGGGUUAAUUGGACAGUACCGAGAUACGAUUGAUAUUUGUCAGAAAGGUGUAUGUGCAGCCUUGAAGUUGAUGACAAAUCCUGAUAACUUGCCUGCUCUGUUAAACUGUGCAAUUGGCAAAGAUCGCACUGGGAUCGUAUCAGCACUUGUUUUACACUGCCUGGGACAGUCUAAAGAAUUCAUUGCUAAAGAUUAUGCUAAAUCUGCUGCCGGUCUGGAACCUGUCAAGGAUAGAAUAAGGAAUGAAGUGGUUGUCCGCCUGAGUCUGAGUGACGAUUUCAUAUCUGCUAAAGAGGAGACCAUGCUGCAGUUGCUUCAGUACAUCGAGGACAAGUACGGGUCCAUUACAAACUACUUGGAGUUCAUUGGGUUUGGAUCGACUGAACAAGAAAAACUCCGUCAACUUGCUGGCAUUGCUGUGUUAAAAGAAACAGAAUCGUAUGUAGGCAGUAUUUGAUACAUGGCCAUGACGAACAAGAAGUUUCCAUCUGUUGUGGAAGAUCUUUCAGGAAAGAUAAGAAAAGCAUGAUUAACGUUUGCUGUAUGGUCUUCUACAGGUAUCCAUUUAUUUAUGGGUAAUUUGAUAUACAUUUUUUGGUUCAAUUGGUGGGGUAGGGCAAUUGACCACCCUUUCCUCUUCAGACGUCUCUGCACUUGUGUGAAUGUAUUUGUUAUUAAUUUAUAUAUAAUUGUUAUUUUUCAAUUUGUUAAUUUGUUUUUGUUAAUUUGUUUUGUUGGUAUUCUUUGACAAAUUUGUUUUGUUAUUGUUUUCUUUGACAUA